GCUCUUGGAAGGGCGAGCCUGCGGCUUUAAAAAACAACAACCGCUUCUCGCUCCGAUCUCUGGCUUCUUGUAGCAGCCGAGCCCCUCCAUUCCACCCCCAGUUGGGCUCUGGAGACGAGAUCCAGGCCCGGCCGCCAUCUCCGAUCUUCCCCGGAGCAGCGACCAACUCGCUGCCUUUGCCAACUUCGGCGGCGGCCGGGCGGAGCCUGUGUCGGCGGCGGAGGAUGCCCGCCGGUGGGCGCUCUCCCCGCCCUCGCCAGCGCGCAGAAACAGCGGCAGCCUUCGCUUGGUGGGGCGGAGCUGCGAAGUUGGCUUUAAACGGAGGAAACGCGGCGCUUCCGUUUCUCCGAAGGUCGGAGCUGGGAUUUGGGGCGACGUCGGAGCUUUGGGCAUUUGAGCGCUGUUGCGGUUUGUGCGGGAUUACACCCAAAAAAUGGUAUCUCUCUAUCGCUCCUUACUGGUGCCCACUCGCAUAAUGCUGAAGGCCUCCAACAUUGUGAUGCAGUUGACCUUGUAUGGUGCUGGUUAUAUUGCUGCUCUUUUCUACUCCGUGUGGGUGUUCAGGCUGAUACUUACUAAGGGCCCAUGUCGGGUGUUCCAGAAAACUGAGAGGCUCCCACCGAAGAUCCUGACUGAUUCCUGUUAUGGUGAACACAAGUAUCUGAUCCUCAAGUCAGGGAUACGCCUCCACUACGUUACAGCUGGCAAAGAAGGGGCCUGCCUGAUGCUUUUUUUGCAUGGAUUUCCCCAGAACUGGUUUUUAUGGCGCCAUCAACUGAAGGAGUUCAGCCAAGCCUUUAAGGUGGUGGCACUUGACAUGAAAGGCUAUGGCCUUUCUGAUGCACCACUGGCUUGGGAGUGCUAUCAAAGGGAUAUUAUUCUGGAAGACAUACAAGAUGUCAUCGAAGCCCUGGGCUCCAGUGAAAAAGAUGGGGAUCCCAAGUGCAUCCUGGUAGGUCAUAACUGGGGAGCAGCAAUUGCGUGUGAAUUUGCAGCCAAUUAUCCUAGCAUGGUGGAGAAGCUGAUUUUUAUGAAUGGUAUUCCAGCACAUGUUCUCUUCGAGUAUUUCCCCAAAAAUCUCACCCAAAUUAUUAAAUCCAUGUACAUAUUCCUGUUCCAACUACCAAAGAUACCGGAAUGGUUCUGCUCCUUGGAUGACUUCCAUAUAAUAAAAGAGGGAAUAACAAGCAAGAAGACAAGAAUCCAGAAUGUUGAUUCACAGCAGAGGAAUUACAGCCUUACUCUGUAUAAUUUCUCAAGGCCUAAUGCCUUAACUCCACCAAUUAACUACUACAGGAAUAUUCUCAGCUGGAUACCACCAAAGCACAAAGAUAUUUUGGUGCCCACUCUGCUGCUCUGGGGGCAGAAGGAUGCAUACAUGGAAGAAGGGCUGGUGAAUCAGAUACUGCCCUAUCUCCAAGGCAGCUAUCACAUACAUUACUUCCCAGACGCGAGCCAUUGGCUACCUGAGGAGCAGCCUGAAAAGGUCAAUCAAGUGAUAUGGGAUUUCCUUCAAGGGAAGAAAAGUGAUAAAGAGCUAAAGUAAAGAGCUAAAGUUCUGUAAAGUAAAGGCAUCUGUACUACUUGGCAUGAAGAAAUAGCAGCCACUUGGCUUGGCUCUGGAUUUCUGAUCCUUGCUUUGUGUGUGAUGUCUGCAUUAUAUUGGAAUCCAAGUCUCAGAUAGCAUUAAUUGGCAUUUCCCCAGGCGCCAUUUCCUUUUUUGCACAGCCAUAAGGUUAAAAUACAAUAGAAAAACAAGUCUCAGCUAUAUUUGUUGAUGUGCCUUGCUGUGGCCAAGUCUUGAGCUCUUCCUUACUACCUAAGAUCGAAAGACAAAAAGUUGUUGGCUUGAAUCAUAUUGAAAUCAAAGUUCUCAUGACGAAGUCAGCCUCUUGUUGAACUAUGAACCUGGGAUGUACUAUCAUGCCUCAUGAAGAAUUUGCUUCAUGACCAAUGAAGGACUUAGGGGAAUGACUGCUGGCAGAUAUCCUAAACUUACCUGAGAGCUUAUUUGCAAAAAUAUUGGACACUUCAUUACUCUAAACGGAGAAAGAACAAAGACUGCUUCUGUAGUAGGAAAUGUCAAAUAUACCAUAUAUACGAUAAAUUGGGAGGAAAAAGACCAUUCAGUAUGUAAAAGGAUGAUGAUGUGUGUAUUUUAAUGUAAUAUAAGUGCUCCCUAUGCAAGAUUUGGAUAAUAUAAUUGUUGCCUGCAAUUGUGAUAAAAGAUUUUGGGUCAUAGA